GCGCGUCCGGCUGGGUGUGUGGCUCACCUGUCCCCAGCACGCAGGGCCGCUCGCCCCCCACUGCCCAGCCAUGAGCAAGUUGGGCAAGUUAUUUCGAGGGACCCGCUCCUCUCGGGCCCGCGCGGCUCCCAGCCCCCAGGAGGCUCUGGCCCGCCUCAGGGAGACCGAGGAGAUGCUGGCCAAGAAGCAGGAGUACCUGGAGAGCCGAAUCCAGAGGGAGCUCGCCCUAGCCAAGAAGCACGGCUCCCAGAACAAACGAGCUGCCUUGCAGGCGUUGAAAAGGAAGAAGAGGUUUGAGAAGCAGCUCUCGCAGGUUGAUGGCACCCUGUCCACCAUUGAGUUCCAGCGGGAAGCGCUAGAGAACUCGCACACCAACACUGAGGUCUUACGGAAUAUGGGCUUUGCAGCCAAGGCAAUGAAAGCUGUUCAUGAAAACAUGGAUCUGAACAAAAUUGAUGACUUGAUGCAAGAUAUCACCGAGCAGCAGGACAUUGCCCAGGAAAUCUCAGAAGUGUUUUCUCAAAGGGUUCAGUUUGCCGAUGGCUUUGAUGAGGAUGAGCUGUUGGCAGAACUUGAGGAACUGGAGCAGGAAGAAUUAAAUAAGAAGAUGACAAAGAUGCAGCUUCCGAAUGUGCCGGCCUCUUCCCUCCCCUCACAGCCCAGUAGGAAGCCCAGCAUGCCCUCCAGUGUACACCGAUCUCGAGCAGCGUCGUCCAGGAGGACAGAGGACGAUGAUGACUUCCAGCAGCUGGCAGCUUGGGCCACUUAAGCCAAAAUGGGAACCUCUGACGCCUAAAUUAUGGAACUACACAUAAGACAUAAAUGCUUUUGCAAAGCCUAGAAGAUAGCAGUGACCUGUUUUAUGAAUCGCUGUCUUUUACAAAGCAGUUAAGUCAUGUGUAGACAUGUCAAGCAUGGAAAGGGGCUGGUGGCAUCAUAGAAGACCCUUCCAGACUGAUGGAGUGGGGGCUAUCUGCUUUAUUCUCUACUGUAUUUUAGUAUUUAGAAUUUAGUUGAUUCUUUGUGUAUAUUUAUUGAAAGAAAACUGAUUCUACUGAUAUUUAAUACAUAUUCCAGCUUAAAUCAUCCUCGAGCGAUACCUAGGGUAACUGGGGGCGAUGUCUAUGCAAAUACAAGGCUGUGUCCAUCCAGGUCACCCAUAGUAAAUGUAAAUAUGCUUCUAGAACAGAUCUGAAGAGAAGUCCUUAGUGAGUCUAUAUAUACAGUUUCAAUUGAGUCUCAGGGUUGGAAAUCUUCACAGAGCUUUAAUUAACAUUUAUUAUGCAGGUUGAGCUUUGAGUGGGGGCAAUGCAUGCAUCGCCCCAAAUGUCUGGCUGCACAAGCAGUUUAGCCUGCUCACCAGGGUUCUCCUGGGUGAUUCAGCCACUUAGAAAGCCAAGUGAACACAGGCCGCCAUGCUGCUGCUGCUUAGGCUUCCUGGGAAUUGCUUCCUGUUGUGUGCUCUUCUGUGCACUAACAAAAUGAAACAAUGCUUCACCGCAUGUGCCUCAUAAAAAUACGAAGAUACUGGCAAUUAAAAAUAUAUGUGGAGUAAAAUUUUGCUCAUAAUUAUGGUUAAAUGAAGAUAAAUUAUAAACGUAGGUAUCACGCAUGCCAUAUCAGACAGUAAAAUGACAAGCACCACAAUGUGAGGUUUUCGGAUGCACCGUGAGCCCUUGUUCUGGCUCAGUGGUCCCAUUCUGCUGCAGGUGUUUGGCACUUGUUCUUUCUCUUGGCAUUUUUCCUGCCCUGUACAACACAUGCACCAAAUUUUCCUCAUUCUUUGAAUUCUGGCUAAAAUAUUCCAUCUUGGGAAACUUUAAAAACAAAAUUUCCAGACUAUAUUCUUGCUUUUAUAGCACUCAGCUUUCUGUCAUGGCAUUUUCCAUGUUCUCUUUCAACACUUAACCUGAGUGCAUUCCCCUGUUGGACUGUGGUAGGGUGAGGGAUGAGACUGCUUUAAAUAGUGUGCUUUCAGGACUCUUCAAAAUCUCUCAUGUACCCUAGGCAAGUCUUUUAACAUUGACUCAGUGCUCAGCAGCUGACAGACGACGGAUUGGGCCUUCUGUCCCUAAGCAGUCCUGAAAUCGGGCCAAGCCUGUGGCGCAGCAACAGUGUUAGACACUGAAGGCGAGACAGCUCUGGUCAGUGAUGCCCAAGACAAGGGAGGCUGAUGCGGUGUCCUGGCCCACACACCACCCACAUGCCCGCUGAGUGCAGCUAGCUGCGGGGAAGGGGAGGGGAGGCACAAAGCCCCCACCAGACUUGUGAAACUUGUAAGGCGAGUGAAUUUUAAUUAUGCUUAAUUUUAGUUAAUUUAAUUAAAAAAAAUUUCUCAACGCAUUUAUUAGAAACAUUGAAGUAUUUCAGCACCUUAGUUCUGCCUUUUCAGCAGUUAAAUUUGUAAAGUCUGUCUAUGGGGCAGUGUUUGUAUCUGUCCUGUCUUUCCACCUCCCUCGCUUCUUUCUAUCUCUCUGAGAUUUUGAGACACAGCCUCACCAUGUAGCACACGAGUUCACUUUAUACCUCAGGCUGACAUUGAACUUCACUCCUCUGUCUUUAGUCUCCAAAGCCCAGGAAUUACGGGGCUCCUAUCGCUGUGCCCAGCACUGGGCCGAUAGUUACAGCUGAUCUAAGAGGCACUCUCAGUGUAAAAUACACAUUGGAUUUCAAAGACUUGGUGAACAAAACUGUAAAAUAGCUCAUUAAUAAU